CGCAAAACAAAAGCUAACCUAACGUAAAGGCCCAAUCGCCACGGGCAAAUUGGGGACUAUUAGGUGAGGUGACACCGCUUGUGUACUGAACGUGGAAAUGUUACCGAAAUGACGUAUGAAAACCUAAAAGUCUUACUUUUAAAGUAUGUCUACAGAAAGAACAAACUAUGCAAGUGAUAACAAUUGCAUAAGCUAAAGCUAACUCAAGCUAGCCCGUAAUAGGACAGCUAGUCUGUAGUUUAUAAGGAUACACGUUGAGCCUCUGGCCGAUGUCUUGGAUUAAGUUGGCGGCUUGUUGUCGGUAAGAAAGCUCCCUGUCAGCCUCGAUUCCGCUGCGUCGAGACGGCGUGUUUUCCAGCUGCUCCCGGGUGAAAAGCCAUUUCGUUGAGGGACCCCGGUGCACCGCCAUUACGCUCCGACAGCCAAGCCCGACCGGGUAGCAUCGGGAGGGAGCGAGGUGACUGGAGCACCGGAAGUACGUCAAGAAGGGCCGAAGCUGCUUCAAAACCGAUAGAAGCAGAGACCGGUAGCGGCAGCGAAUUGAAAGGGCUGACACUUCCGGGGUUGUGACGACAGAGGUGGCAACGUAACGUGACGUAACGGGUUGCUACCCACGAGGACAGGUCGCUAUGGCAACAUGAACGGCGUGGUGGGUCACGUGGACUUGAACAGCAUGUUGUCAUUAGAGGCCAGGUGACGUUUUAUCACCGUAGCGCCACUUUCUGCACCUGGAAAGCUUUUGUCUUGUGGACGUUUUUUGUGCUGGUUGUGCUUUUUCAUUUUGAUUUGACUUUAAAUAACAAUAUCACUCAGAAAAAUACUAUAGCCUUGUAUCCCCCGCCCACAUUAGAAGCGCACUUAUACAGUAGCACAAACUACACCCGUAAUAAUAAACAUGGCUGCACAGGUGUACCUAUAAAUAAGUAAAUAUUUGCAUAUUUUGUACAUUUAUCUUAAAGAUAUGAACAGUGUGUAACUUUUAUUGUUUGUUCAUUGUAGAAUGUCAAAGAAAAGAAACCUACUGUAUAUUACAAAUGAGCACAAGCAAUGAUGCCGUAAUGUGUCGCAAGUAGACAGGGUGUCUCCAUGCCCCUCCUCUCUCCCCCUCCCCGCCUGCGGGUCUGCCUCGGUCCGCACCUCUCACUCGGUUGAGACAUUGUUGGAGUUCCUCAUAGGAGCCGCAAAAAAACAGCACCGAGAUGACGGACUCCAAACCGCCCGACUCACCUUCCGCCCCGGAACCGGCUGUUGCAGAGGAGCCCCCGGCGGGAAACAGUCAGUGCGAGGAGAAGGAGCCCAUUGAAAAACAACAAGAAGAUCAGCAGGCCAACAGCGACGGUCAGGGAGAACUGUUCAAGAUGGACCAGGAGAUGAGGAUUACGGAGAGCAUAGAGGACGGAGGUCUUCUGGAGAGCAGCAUGCGCCUGAAACCACACGAAGCACAAAGUUACCGCAAAAAGGCGCUGUGGGUGUCUUGGGCAUCCAUCGGGGCGACGAUCAUCCUGGCCAUCGCUGCCUUCACCGUGUCCAUCAUGCGGCACAGUGCCUCUGCUUUUGGAUUCGCGUUUGAUGCGGUGCUGGAUGUCCUAUCCUCUGUCAUUGUGUUGUGGCGCUACAGCAACGCCGCCGCCGUCCACUCAGCUCAUCGGGAAUACAUAGCCUGUGUUAUCCUGGGUGUGAUUUUCAUCUUAUCAUCCAUGUGCAUUCUGGGUAAAGCCAUCCAUGACCUGGCCACCAAGCUGCUUCCUGAAGUGGAUGACUUCCUCUUCAGCGUUUCCAUCGUCAGCGGCGUGGUCUGUAUCAUCUUGUGUGUGAUCAAGUUCAUGCUGGGCAAGGUGCUCACGAGUCGGGCCCUCAUCACCGACGGGUUCAACUCUCUGGUGGGAGGCGUCAUGGGUUUCUCCAUCCUUGUCAGUGCGGAGGUGUUUAAGCACGAGCCAAAGGUGUGGUACCUGGAUGGGACAAUAGGUUUCCUCAUUGGGCUCAUCAUCUUCGCCUAUGGAGUCAAACUGCUGCUGGACAUGAUCCCACGAGUGAGACAAACCAGGAACUACGAGCGCUUUGAGUAACGCUCAACAGUCCGACGGGCUCACAGUGAAGAUGCGGAUGAGGUGGGAGGGACUGAAAGCUCUCCACAGCACCCCCCCCCCCCCUUCCUUGAGACACUGUAAACACUGCGUGCACCCAUGCCAGCAUCCUUUCCGUUCAAAGAAACGUGUGGAGGAAGUUGCCUGUUUUCCAAUUCAGUGUACAUCAACUUCAUUGGUGAUGAUUUACAUAAGGGGGGUACGAAACCCCCUAAAAUGUACUUUAACUAUAACUUUAACGAUGCUGAGACAGAGCAGCUUGGACUUGUAGGGCUCUGGAGUCGCACACGCUUCACGUGUUUAUUUUUCCCAUGGUUUCGAGAGUCCUCGAAUGUGGCAGGUCAACAUGUUGGAUGUUGUCCAUGUACUGCAAAAGCUGAGGAUGAGCGGUAUUUGUUUGCAUUUAUGUGAUUUGGCUUAAGGACUCAGACAUAUAGUACAUGCAGAAUUAUUGGUGUGCUUUUUACAUCAUCCAACAGUGGGUUUUAGGAUCAUUAGGCAUUUAGUUGACACACUGUGCAGUAUGAAGGAUUAUUUUGUUGAAUAUGUAGUAGCAACUGUCUAUCUGCAAGCACAUAAUGUAUUCAAUUGUUUCUGCAUGAUAAUGAUGAUAAUAAGUGAUGUCCUUGGAUUAGUUUUGUAUGAUUACAAAAUACAAAAACUCUCUCCAUAAA